AUGACUUCCUUCUUUGGGAAAUUGAAGAGCCAGAAUGCUACCGGUCCGGCAGUGGGCACAACGCCCGCAAAGAAAGACCCCAAUGCGCCCUUGCCCACGCCUCUGGAGCGCAUGCUCAUGAACGCCGGUCCCAUUCGCAAUGAUGGAAGUGAUAAGUUCUUUGGCAUGGAAAACUUUGGUAAUACUUGUUACUGCAAUUCGAUUUUACAAUGUCUUUAUUAUUCAGUCCCAUUCCGAGACCAUGUCCUUUCCUACCCCAAGCGGUCAACCCCGGAGUCCGUCGCACACGCUCAAGCACACGCUCCACCACGUAUACCACCGCUCCAGCAGAAUGGCACCGCGAAGAAACCUCUCGGUCCGUCUUCCGCGCGGAGUGCCGGGACACCCCCUCAACAGCAGAAGCCAGAGGAUAAGGAUUCACCCGAAUAUAAAAAGAAGCAGGCCUUGUUGGCAGGGCCCAUAUUGAAUAUGAGCUACGAAAACUCCCGGGAAUAUGAGAUGCCCGAGACUCUCUUCACCUCCCUGAAGGAUCUUUUUGAGGCCGUGGUUGUCAAUCAGUCAAGAAUGGGCGUUAUCAGUCCCAGCAGGUUCCUCGAAACAUUGCGAAGGGAAAAUGAGAUGUUCAGGUCUGCAAUGCACCAAGACGCGCAUGAAUUCCUCAACCUUCUUCUCAACACAGUCGUCGAGAACAUCGAGGACCACGACAGAAAAGUGAUUGCCCAGAGAAAGGCCGAGCAACCUCUGCGCGGGGUAGAAGACGACGGGGAUCUCUCAAAGACAGAGUCAGAGUCAGGGACCGUCUCUUUCCCUCCUAUCCUGCCCACACCGACUACAAGCUCCCCCACACGAUGGCUACACGAACUUUUCGAAGGGACUCUUACAUCCGAAACCCGCUGUUUAACUUGCGAGAACGUCUCACAACGUGAUGAGCCCUUCCUGGAUCUAUCGGUUGAUUUGGAGCAGCAUUCGUCCGUCACCGCUUGUCUCCGCAGGUUUUCCGAAGAGGAAAUGUUGUGUGAACGCAACAAAUUCCACUGCGAUAACUGCGGCGGACUUCAGGAAGCCGAGAAACGUAUGAAGAUUAAGAGGCUGCCAAAGAUAUUGGCGCUCCACUUGAAGAGGUUUAAAUACACGGAAGACCUACAGAGACUGCAGAAAUUAUUUCACAAGGUGGUGUAUCCUUACCACUUGAGGCUUUUUAACACCACAGAUGACGCAGAAGACCCAGAUCGACUCUACGAACUUUAUGCGGUGGUCGUUCACAUUGGGGGCGGUCCAUAUCAUGGUCAUUACGUCGCAGUGAUAAAAACUCAGGAUCGUGGCUGGCUACUCUUCGACGAUGAAAUGGUUGAACCUGUCGACAAGACCUUUGUCCGCAAUUUCUUCGGUGAUCGGCCGGGACUCGCCUGCGCUUAUGUGCUCUUCUAUCAGGAGACCACGUUUGAAGCCGUUCAAAAGGAACAGAGAAUGGAAGGUAAAAGAAGAGCUUCUCAGGAUCUUACUUCUGGCCUGGCCGUUCCUCCCAGGCAGUCCGCAGAACUCCACCAAGUCCAAACCGUCACUCCGAUGGGCUCUCCCGGCUCACCAUCAGAUGCCACGUAUUAUGCCACCCUUGAUCAUGCCGUGACCGCACCCCCUGAAUUCACAACCAACGGGCACGUUGAGUCGCCGCGGUCCCCUCCUCCACCUACGGUCCGGCCUCCUAGCCCUGUGCUCCAAAGCAAGAGGGAGAGAGUUAAGGAGGAGAAGGCACAUGAGAAAGCGCGCAGAGCUGCAGAGAAACAAGCCGAGAAAGAUAGACAGGAGGUUGAGAAGCAGCGUCGGAAAGUGCUCGCUGCUAAGUUGACAGAGGCUCAAAAGAGACAAGAGGCCGAACUCAAGGCUGCACUGGAAGCGAGCAAGGCUUCCAAAGCAGAAGAGGACAAGCGUCACGCCUUGGAACGGUCGCAGACGGUCCACGCCAAUGGUAGUGGCAGCGGCUCAUCAGGUUUUGAUCGAUUCAAGCGUACGAAGAGUCUACGAUUCGGAUCAUUGAACAAAAAGGAGAAGCCACAAUUAGAUUCGUCUGAGGAAAACGUUGCGAGCCCGGAUGCUAUGACUCCGGAAAAGGAGAAGGACAAGGACAAGGACAAGGAAAAAGAGAAAGACAGGAGAAACCGCUUCAGCAUUCGGAAGAAGUCAUUUGGCAUGUUGCCGUGA